AUGUUGUGGGAGAAUAAUCUUAACGAGGAAACCGAAGCGAUGCCACAGACGGUGCCCCGCUCUGGGUGUAGCCCUCCAUCGGCAUCCCAGGGCGAGAGAGCAGUUCCUGCAUCCCCGGCUGACCUACAUCAUCUUCUACGCCUCCUCGGCGCUGAAUCUCCUCCUGAACCCAUGUUACAUUCACCCCCAACACACAUAAAGCCUCCUCCACCAUAUCCAGAUAACAACUAUCUUGAGCUCUACGAUUUUGAGGGCUAUCCUACCCCCUCUCCUUCAUCAGACGAAGGUUCUAUUCCAACCGUGGCGCUGCAACCACCUUCGCCGUAUAACUCCCUACAAUACUCCCCUGUAUUCAUCAAAGAGGAACCAAAUAGACUGACAGUUCCAGGAUUUGCAUCACCAUACCCUCUGUCACCGUCAGGCUCCUGCGUCUCAUACGGCAGCCAAAACCAAUACUCCUCUCCAGUACCACAGCACGAAGAAUAUAUAGACAUUGAAGAGCUUUUAAAAGAAAACCAGAUAUUACAAGACAACGUACAGCAAGCUUACAAAAUUCCCAAAAUUGAAGUUGAAGAACCCAGAGACCACGUACUUCUGCGAUCUGCUCUUGAAGACACAUCAUUCCAAAAACGCCUUAACCUGAGGCCAAUUCCCUUAGAAUUGGGCAGUGUCAAAAUGGAAGAGAGCAGUGGUGGUGACGAAAAUGCUCUCGUAGCCCCAGAUAUAGACCGUGUUCUUUCGAUGGCCAUUGAGCAGUCCAAACGAGACGUUGAUAACACUUGCACCGUAUUGGGUAUAUCACCAGAUCCAAUGCAAUGGAGCACUAGUGAUGUGAAAUCGUGGGUGGUCUUCACACUUCAACAUUUCAAUUUGCCGAUGGUACCUGCUGAGUACUUCGCAAUGGAUGGUGCAGCACUAGUCGCUCUGACGGAGGACGAGUUCAAUCAACGAGCUCCACAAGCUGGGAGCACACUGUACGCGCAGCUUGAAAUAUGGAAGGCAGCAAGGCAUGAAAGUUGGAGGAGUCAAUGGACAGAACAUGAGCAGCCGUCCCCUACUCCCGCGCCCACUGGUCUACCUUCUGCUGAUGAUAUGAGUGAUGAAGAAGAUUCAGAGGCAGCCAACACAAGCGCUAACCAAGGAGGCGGGAAAGUAAAGACAGGCAGCACGCAUAUACACCUCUGGCAAUUCCUUAAGGAACUACUAGCGUCACCCCAUAUACAUGGCUCCGCAAUACGGUGGUUAGAUCGAAGUAACGGAGUGUUCAAAAUUGAAGAUUCAGUACGAGUAGCCAGGCUUUGGGGCAAAAGAAAAAAUAGACCAGCCAUGAACUAUGACAAGCUGUCGAGAAGUAUACGACAGUAUUACAAGAAAGGCAUCAUGAAAAAAACGGAAAGAAGUCAGAGGCUCGUCUACCAAUUCUGUCAUCCUUACUGCUUA